AUGUCAUUUUUAGGUUUCGGUGGCGGUGCUCCACAACUUUCCUCUACUCAAAAAAUCCAAGCUGCUGAAGCUGAAUUAGAUUUGGUUACCGAUAUGUUUAACAAAUUGAUUGGUAAUUGUCACAAGAAAUGUAUUGAUACUAAUUACUCAGAUGGUGAUUUGACUAAAACUGAAGGUAACUGCAUAGAUAGAUGUGUUGCCAAAUAUUUCGAAACUAAUGUUAAAGUUGGUGAAAAUAUGCAAAAAGCAGGCCAAAACUUUACUCCAGGUGGUAGAUUAUAA